CCCACAAAAGACACACAGACGUUCAUAGUGGUUAUGGGUGUCAGGCCAUAUAUUUAUUAAUAAUUUAUAUAUUUUUGAAGUACAUUUACUAUAAAUAAAAGAUAAUUGUGUAUCGUGGACCCAUGGAUACGGCCAAUGGCCAGAAGCCUCUCAGUGGACAAUUGUCCACUGGAGGAGGCACUGGCAUGGAUAAAAACAAAGAAUGGCAAAUGGAAUUACUUAUGGAGAAAUUGAGAUCUAAAUCAUCAGCAUUUAAAAGUCUGGUAGAAACGGCUAAGAAUCUGCGUAUGGCGAUGCUGGACAAGAGAUUUGUAAUUGAUAGUGUUGAGAAAAGUCAAUUGCAGAAAUGUUUGGACACUUUACAACAUUCUAUCAAAGUUACAUCACUUCAGUCGAUGGUGGAAAGACUCGAAAGUCUUUCAAGACAACUUGGUUUGAAAUUCAUGAUGUCCGGGCCCUCAGGAACAGAACUCUUCAUCUCAUCCGACAUGUUCUACCUAGAAGUCCUCAUCGAGCCUUCGGGCAUCGUCAAAGACGUCAAAAUCCACCACGAAGGUAAAACCGAGCAGCAAAGUUGCGAAGAACUAGUGUCCUGUCUCUCCCGCGGUGACUUCGUCGACUUCACCGCCCAGUUAGAAGGACUGGCUUCAAUCUACCAAUUAAACGCCGACAAAAAAGUCAAAUGCAAAGCCUUCAGUGCACUACAGUCUCUAGAAGCAGACCUCGGAGGCCUAGCCCAGUUGCAAACAUUCAUAAAAGAGUCAUUCAACAUCGUCCACAAAAGUCCCGUCGGUAUACUCGAGCGCCGCAAAGGCGGACAUCCCAUGAAAUUGACUUACUUCGUGUCCCCAUACGAUCUAAUAGAUCCCGAAAAUCGUACCAUCGAACCACUGAGUCCCGAGACAGUGAUAGCCCGCAAAAUAGGCCACUACGUCACCGUAUGCCUCGAAAGUUCAACGUCCCACAAAUUACCAACGACAAGUAUCCUGACCGUCAAUCGUACGUCGUCAGGAAAAAAUUCCCCAUCAUACGCACCGCUGACCAGUUCAAAUUCCUCAUUACUGACCGCAUGUUUCGUCUUAAAACUACCAAAAAAAAUGCCAGUCUGCCUGGAACUGAUAAACCGGAUCCAGAAAAUAACCGAGAUGGAGUGCACUGACGUGUCAUCACCGCAGCCACUGCUGAGUCUGAUUGUCCAGCAUGCCAGCGAUGGACAACUGGACUGUCGCAACAACCGAGGUCUCUACGUGACACUACCAGAUCAGCAGCACUGCUACUUUAUGACGGAAACGAAAAGCAUGAAGGGUGUUUUGGUCGGCAGCAUUCCGUUCACUCACCCAGCGCACGUGCCGCAAAUCCUGUCAAGUCUACGUCAGCAGGCGUUGUUCAAUACCUUGAUAACGAGCUGCGUUCGUGCCAUGGCCCGCCAUGAAUUAGAACAGACGACAAUCAUCGAAGUAAGUGCGCUGUCAUGGCAGCACGUGUCUGUAAGUCUCGAGCAUCCGUUCGAAGAGACUCUGGCUACGGCCGAGUUGGAUCUGACGGACAUAUCAGCGCUGAAAUGUAAACUGUACGGUGUCAGCAUGACCAACACCGAGCAAACUUCCGAAAUAGUUAGCAAAGUGCUACAGAGGUGCCUUAGUAUCCCAGUGACGAUGCGCGCGUUGAUUAAAAUAUGGGAGGGUCGGAAUACUUUACCCAAAGGUAUCGCGUCGAAUAACAACGGAGGCAAUGGCAGCAGUGGGAACAGUAAUCCAGGCAAUGGGAUGACAAAUGGCGGUAAUUAUAACGUCAACUUGUCACGGGAAAACGGACACGACGGUUCGAUUAUUUCGGACUUUGCCAAUGGAGAUAAAAUAAUAAAAACCGAGCCCAAUUGCAAUGGGAAUGGCAGCAAUGGAUUGAGUAGACAGAAUGUGACAUUGUCGUUGUCGUCGUCGUCGUCGGCUUCAUCAACGUCAUCGCAAUCAUCAUCAACUUCACAGCAGCAGUCUUUUUUAGAUGCCGGAACGGAGAAUAGUAUCGGGUUCCCGUCGUUUUCCGGCCAAUCCGAUACAUCGGUUACUUUGAAUCCAUUGAAACUGAGCGCGCUUUUGAAUCAGCAGACUAAGACGACGAUAACGUCACCUGGUACCACGACGACAUCAACAUCUUUGACGUCAACUCCAUCAGUGUCUGUGACAGCGUCAAUAACCUCGCCAGUUGAACGUAAAAAAACGCGGAAGCGCAAGACGGCUGAUGGCAUCUGGCGCAGUCCUAAAAAUAAAAAUGAUAACAAUAAUGAUAGUGAGAUACUGGUUGAGAGUUCGAGUUCCGACUCGACUCCACUCGGGACACCGACGUCACGGGAUAAUGCCAACGGCACGCGCACACCAACACCAACGUCGGCUGUCAAUCUCGUCACUGGUCUAGAUCUCUCGAGUCUUGAUACUGACAUCGCUGCUGCUGCUGGUGGCAGCGGUGGAGAUACCAGAAGCUCGACGGAUUAUGACAUUGAAAACGAGACGGAUGUCAUGGAAGUGGUCCAUGAUUUGCCGGAUGACUACAACGAAGUUAUGAAACGCGAACGCAAGUCAAGGAAAAGUCGCGAUGACAAGAAGAGUCCGAAUAUUUUUGUUGAUGAAAAUAAUAAAAGUACUUUGGUACCUCCGUCAGUCAGUAUUACCCCGAUAUCAAGUGCCAGUGGAACUAGUUCUGCUGGUGCUGGCAGCAGCAGUAAUUCUGGUAACAGCACUGGGAAUAGCAACAUCGUCCAGCAAACGCCGAAUUACAAUUCCGUACUGACGGGAAUGGGUUUGGAUCGUCGGCCUGGUAUUGAAAUAAUUCCGAUAUCAUCAUCGACUCAGGCGAACUUGCCGAGUUCGAUAACAAUCACGCCGAUUACUGGUGCGACGAUAAAACCGAUUCCUACUGACGAGAGACGCGAUCGCAAGAGCAACAAGUCUGAUGACAAAACGCGGAUGGACAAAAAACGAAAGCGUAAAAGAGAUGACAGUCCGAUGGGUCCUCCGGAUAAAUUACCGCAUAAGUCCCAGGAUCCGCUGUCAAAACCUGUGUCCGUCAGUAUCAAGCCAACGGAGUCGCAGUCCGCGGGUGGUAGCAGCAGUGGAGGCAAUGGCAGCGGAAGUGGAUCCCGUCCAUCAUCACCGGCGACGACUUUACGUAAAUUAAAUCCGUCACCGACGCAUACCAGUCCUCUGGCACUUGUUGGCAAGUCAUCGCCGACAUUGAGACAGUCCUCGUCUAUUUCUGGAACUGGUACAGCUGCUGUCAGCACGACCACCAGCAAAUCAAUGCCGAGUCCUAAACAUUCUCCAGUUUACAACAGUCCGAAACAUUCUUCCACUGGUAUACCAGUUAACGUAAGUCCUAAACACGGGACGUCGUCACCGAAACAUGGAAGCACCACCAGCUCAGGCAAACCCAGCAUGUCUGCAUUGAAAUCAGCAGCCAACAAUUCGCCGACUUGCGGGAACAAAAACAGCGAUUCCAGUUCUUCUAAAUCCAAGUCUUCGAGUAAAGAAACGCGUGACAAAGACAAGGAACGCAAGAACUCAUCAUCAACGUCAGCAUCUGGAUCAAGUUCUUCAGCAUCAUCAUCAACAGCAGCAACUGGGCUCUUUACUGGGAACUCUGGUCAGAGUCCUAAGACAAAGUCCAGUAAAUUAAAGUCUGUUGAAUUGCUGCCUAAUGCUGGAGAACCACCACCUGCAUCUGGUGGCAGCACUCCGCCAUCUGGAGGUGGGGGCGGAGCUGGCAGCAGUGGCGCUGGCACUGAUGUCAGUAAAUCUGCUCAGCAAGCGAGGAAUCGCAAAGGUUCGCUCAGUGCUGUCAUUGAUAAGUUGAAGAACAAUGCGCAGCAUGUCACUGAUGACCCUGGUAACAAUGGCAGUGGUGGCAGUAGCAGUAGCGGAAGUGGAAGCAAAACUCCGGGGUCUAGUGAAUCGGGACAGAAAGAACGACCUGGUACAUCAUCAGCAAAAGGCGAAGGUAAAAGCGCCGGGAAAAGUAGUCCAGUUGAUGCUAAAAAUUCGACUGAGUACAUGGUCAAGCACAGCUCUGAUGGCAUGAAAAUAACGAUAAAUAAAACGCGCGCUAAAGAUUCCAAGGCGGGAAACAUGAAAGUGUCCUCUGGUGUUGUUGGAUCGGUUGGAUCAGCAGUCUCUUCAUCUUCAGCACCGUCAGCAUCCUCAUCAUCAGGCAACGGGUCACCUAAAACACACACGGGAUUGAAACCUGGUGUCAAUUCAGGACCAGCGUCCAAGAAACCCCAGUCGCAGUCGUCAUCGAAAGCUUCCGGGCAGCAGGGUUUGAAUGUCGGGAAUAAACUGAGCGCCUCGGGUCAAAGAACGUCAAUUAAAUCUGGAUCUGGGUCUAGUUCCGGGAAUGUUUUGACCAAAAGCAACACGAAAGCAUCAACUGGUUCGCCGAAGAUGUCAAGUUCAGGUGCUACGGAUCUAAGCAGACGUGAUAAGCCAGCGCGUGUUCCUAAGUCCGGUGAUAAAAGCAGUUCUAGUUCCGGAACCGGAACAACUGGAUCCAGUGGUAAUUUAUUUAGCGUCAAAUCGGAUGUCAGAAAAGCCAGCCCGUCGCCAUUGAGAGAAGAGAGCGAAAGUGAACGCGCGUUUAAAAUUCUCGCCGCGCAUACGUCGAUGACAAGUGUGUCAAAUUACCCGCCACUUGUUGAAGGUCUUAUGAAACAACUUGACACCAAUUUUCAAAUUCCAAAAUUAUCUGCGCGCGCCAAUGCCUCCAGUGAUUCGGAUAAAAAAUCAUCAGACAAAUUGACAUCCGUAGGAAUUGUCGCUGAUCAAACUGGCGGUAAUAAGGACUCGCUGUCAUCAAAAGAUCAGAAAAAUUUGUCAGCAUCCAGUAAUCAGAAAUCAUCAGAUAUUUUGGAUUCAAAUUCCAUAAGACGUGACAUCGUCCAAGCAAAGCCAGACAAUUUAUCAACAACAGCACUGCCGAUGUUGAACUUGACAGCCGCUAUGGAUCCGUCGCUGAUUUUACCAUCGCCUUCUUCAUCAGCAGCAAUCAGUAGCGCGCAUGAAGACACGCCGACAAAUUUGUCAAUGCAGUCAUCAGACAAUGAGCGCGAUUGCAAAGAUUUAUCAAUCACUCGGUCCAGCUCUCAAUUUAUAAAAACGCUGCCGUCAAUUGCUGGCACUGGUUCUGUUACUGAAGACUCUGUAAGUGUCGAUACCACGGACUCCAAGUCGACAUUCUCGUCGAUAAAUUCGAGUACCACUGCCACGAGCUCGGAAAGUUUGAAUUUGUGCACAAAACCAGCGGAUGUUGCUCUGAAUAAAUACAACAAAUUGGACGAGCGCAAAGUCAUUGACAGCAAGACAAGUGGGAGAACAUCGACACCACCUUUGACGUCCAGCGCAGCGGGUGAUGUCACGAACGUGAAAGCUGGUGCAGGACAGCUAGAAGUCGGGGAAAUGCUGCUGGAUUUCUCGACACCUAAAGACAUCAAUAAGAUAACGAGCGUUGCAGGUAUUGCUGAUAGAUCCAUCAAUUUACAAUCAGUUUCGGUUUGCAGGAAUACGCCGCCACCCCCACCCCCACCUCCGCCACCACCACCACCUGCCUUCCCGCCCAGUCCUUCGGUUAGUGUUCAUAUCGUUAAGAGCCCGGCACCUUCUCCGAGAGUUAUUCCUCCAUCUCCUCACUCUGUUGCCUCUCCUUGCAUUACUGAUGAUGAACUCAUGGAUGAGGCUCUUGUUGGUUUGGGUAAAUGAUUACUAAAUGGACUGCGUUAUUGGUUUGUUUAUAAAAUCAGUAACACGCAGGCAGUAGGCAGAUUAUUUAUAUAAAAAUUAUUAUUAUUAUUAUUGCUAUAGAUAAUUAUUUUUUAAUUAAUUAAUAUUUGACGUACGUACACAGAAAAAAUUUUUUCUUGGCGCAAAUAAAAAUUUCUUGACUCAAGAAAAAUUUUCUUAGCUCAAGAAAAUUUUCAAUUCGCAGUAUGCAAAUUUCUUAGGGCAAGUAAAAAAUUUAUUGGCCUAAGAAAUAUUUUCUUGGCUCAAAAAAUUUUUUCUUAAUUCAAGAAAAUUUACGUCUUCAAUUUUUAAUGCAAAAAAUUUCUUAAGACAAGUAAAAAUUUUCUUGGAGUAAAUAAAAAUUUUUUGCACCAAGAAAUACUUUUUUUUGUGUACAGUGGAACUCUAUUAACUCGGAACUUUCCCUGAAUCUUGACCCCUACUACGAGCUCCGCUUUCUCCUACCCGAUGUAUCACGUGAUGUAAGAGCGCAUGCGUAAAAAUUGACUUUUUAAGAGAAGGGGUAUCCGUUAUCUCAGAAAUAUACGCUCUUCUGUAGACAAAAUGUCCGAGUUAAUGGAGUUUGACUAUAUAAAAAAAAAAAAAAUUGAUGUUUGUAUGCGUUAUAAAAAGUGUCUGUUUUAAGGCUAAACCAUGACUUGGUGUAGAUUUAACGUUCGUGGAUUUAUUGCAAUGUAAAUUAUCUACUUGUAUUGUAAAUUAAAUUUAUUUAUUUAUUUCAUUCAUUUUUUUUUACAUCCAGGGUAAAUAUUAAUAAGUACAUUACACACCUAGGGUAAAAAUAGGACAUUUUAACCGUGUGUAAUAGUCUACUCGAGUUAAAGAUGACGAUGACAAACACGUGGAUUGGAAUGUUCUAAUUUUCUGGGUGUGUGUGAUUUUUCAUUAGAUCUAAACCUGAAAGUUUAAAUUCUUGUCUCUGUAGUAAUCACGCAUGCGCUAAUUUUGAAAAUUUAAUUUCUCAUGAAAAAAAACGACUUUCUUCCAUCAGGGCAGAAAUUUAAAUUUUCAGUGGGUAAAAUAGAUCCUGGUAUUUAACCUCUAAAUUUAAACACAGAUUACAAUAAAUAGUGCGGCAGAAAAAAAUACUAUUCAAAAAUUAGUCUGAUGAAAAAUAACCUCGUCUUCAUGUGAAAUCGUCUUGUUUCAUUUCUUGUCGCACUGCACUAUUGAGUAUAAGUACGAACUUCUUCCAGAGAGAGAAUGAACCUCGAGUCGCCCCCACUACCGAUUAUUUCUGAACUGCGCAUGCGUAAGAGGGGGGGGGUAUUACACAGAGUGGGAGUAAAAACCGAAAAUACCCAAGAAUUUGGUGGGGGACUUCAGAACAAAAACAGAAAAAAAAUCAUGAUUUUUUUUCUUGACUAUAUCCGUAUAUUUUUAACAUCACAUAUAAUUAAAUUAUCAUAUAUAAAAAAUAAUUUUUUAAAUAUUUUUGAAAACAUUCUUUUUCAUUUAAUAAUUAGAUAUAAAUAAACUGCCUUAUAUUUAAUAUAUGUACUGUAAUUCGGGUGUAGUCAAUUAUUUUUUUAUAAUUUUUCAUACUUUUUUUUUUUUUUUUUUCAAUUAAAUAAAAAUUUCAUGGGAACAUGAGAUUAUAUUAAGAAAUAGCGACUAUUUAAAUUUAUGCGAAAAUUUCUAUGAAAAAUAUUUUUUAAUGAUUUUCAUUAAAACUUAAUAAUUAUAUUUUAAUUAAUUUUUGAAAAUUAGUUGUUUAUAUUAUAAAAUAAAAAAAAAUGUUUCGUGGGUUCUUGCCAAUAGAGCUUGUACAAAAAAAUUUUAAUUUAAAUCUAAAAAAUUAUAAAUACUGCCUAGAUAAUUAAAAACUAAUUAACAAAUUAAUUGAUAGAUUAAAAAAAAAUAAUAAUAAUGAUAAUUUAAUUAGAAAUACAAAAGG